AUGAAGAAUCCGAUAGAACUUGAGCAGAUCAAGCCAUGGUUUCUUGGCACCAUUGGUAUAAUGGGAUCAGCCAUGAAAAUCCUUUUGGGAAAUCUCAAUUUCAUAACCUUCAAUUUGAUCACCUCCUUUCCUCUUUUCUGCAUGAUGAAGUUCAUACCAAGAUCACCUUAUGACUUUUGGCAGCCUAGUUUCAUCAUGGAGGCAUCAUUGGAGCUAAGGCGGCUCAUUACUCACCCUGGCACUCUGAAAUCUUCUAUACCUUCGAUUCAAGAUUGGACAAUACGAGUACUCGAUGCGUGGCUUUUUGACAUGAUCAAGUUCCUCGUUGCACUCACAUCUAUCUACUCUGCUUCAAUAUUCUAUACUACUAGUGUUGGCAAGUCAAUGAGUCUCCGAUAUCUUGUUCAGAGUUCCGUCACCAAAAUUUGGUGGCCUGAGCCUAUAAUUACAUAUUUUUCUCUGUCCCUAAUUUCCUCUAUCUUUUUAGAAGGUUUUAGACAUUGGCUAAGGGCAAGGCCUACAAAUCUGUACCUGAUCAUCCUACAAUUUUUCGUUCCAUUUGUGGCCGUUGCCAAAUGGUUGGAGUUCAAAGCCUUGACGAAUGUAGCUGUUGUUGUUUCCGUUUUAGAAGACAAUAUCAGAGGGCCUUUUGAAGCCUACUCAACCUCGUCGGAGCUAAGCAGAGGAAAUAGACUAAGAGGGUUGGUUUUGAUAAUUCUCCAUUCUAGUGUGCUCUCAGAUGUUCUUCGACUACCUCAUCAGUACAUCCACUCUGAAUGGCUCAUACCAAUUGGUAUCAUCAACAAAUUGAACCAAGACUUUCCUGAUGGGUUGAUUCAACUAGUCCUUCUCUAUCUGGUGCCUCUCCAUCUCCUAGAGCUCGGUACUGUGCUAGUGACUGUCGAUUUGGCAUCACGGAUAUACAAAGAAGAGAAACAUUUGAGUCUCAAGGAAUGGUGCAUAAACCCUUCAACAAAACAAGAUUGA